AGAUAAUACAACAAACCUACAUUUGUUGAACUUACAUAAGGUGCUUACUAUAGCUUCAGUUCAAACCAUACCGGUUAUAUUCUGUCGGUGUUGUUUCCAGGCACAAUAUAAUUUUGAAACUGCUCUUGUCAAUUUUUUUAGCAACGGCAGCGUUUCGUAGGUGGAAAUUUAAAAUUGUAUGAGAGAAGUGGUUCACUAAAUUUUAGUUUUUAAGCAUGAAGGUCAUAUACGUUGGUUAUUCUAAAACUGGUACCAAGAGCAUGGCGGCGGUGUUUCGGCAGUUUGGUUACAAGACAUACGACUGGCUUGAAAAUGAAUACUAUCUUGGUAAUGAUUGGAGAAGAAUAAUCAACUAUGGUGGAACAGUGGAAGAUUUAAGAAGAAUGUACAAAGAUGUAGAUGCUGUUGUCGAUGCACCUGCUUAUCUGUAUUGGAAAGAGAUGACGGAAGCUUUUCCAGAAGCCAAGCUAAUAAUUUGCAUUCGCGACGAGACAGUCUGGGUGUAUAGCAUGAAAAAACAAAUGGCGUCGAUCGUUUCUGAUCCAAUGUAUGUCUUAAUGCAAACCUUGUCCUAUUUUGGUUGGCAACAUUUUCUUUUCAACAAAGCGUGGGGAAUCGCCAGGAAAUCGCCCUGGUCUAAUUUCUGCUUCAACGAAAUGCUUUGGAAACGCAAUUAUAGAAACCACAACUGUUCGGUUUUACAAGAAGCACCAAAGGAUAAACUAUUGGUGUACAAAUUCGGCGACGGUUGGAAACCAAUCUGUGAAUUCCUCGGUGAAAAAAUACCAGACACGCCCUUUCCUCAUUUAAACGUGGCAGCUUCGUUAUUAGAUGAGUCGAGGCAACACCCGACCAUGGUCAGAAUGUGGAGAGAAACAAUGUUUUCUCUAGGAGUUCUUACUCUUCUUGGAGUUUAUUGCGGUUACAAGGUUUACCAAAACCCAACAAGGAUGAAAUGUUACGUUAACACAAUCUUAAACUGUUUAAAAUUUCGGUCAAAUUACAAGUGAAAUAAAAAGAAUAUUCAAAACA